AUGGAACAAGGAUUUACAAAGGCUUCCAGCGCAAAUUUACCAAGAAUCGACUUGAUAAUGCUAGGAACGUUUCUGGCAUCAAACAAAGACUUCUGUUCAGCAGAAUUUAGAAAUGUUAAAACUUCCAUGUCUGCUAGGGCAUCUUAUGGUGAUGAUGCUGUAAGCUAUGUUCAGGUCAAACGUGAAGGAAAUUUGUGCACAAUAAAAGCUAAAAUCUGCCCAGAACAUAAAGUGCAUGCCAAGUUGUAUGGAGUGUCUUUGGUAGUCGACGAACAAGAAGAAACAGUUAAGUCAGUAGAAUGUCAUGAUUGUGUGGCUUCUCAAGGAGGCUGCAAACAUGCCAUGGCAUUCUUAAUGUGGGUUCAUCGCAGAAGUGAAGAUCCAUCUUGCACAUCCAUAGAAUGCUAUUGGAGGAAAUCCAAACUUUCUAGAGUUGGGAGUACCCUUAAAUACAUAACUGCUACGGAAUUAUCUAAGGGUAGCCCUACCUUACCAUCAGAUACCGAAGUAUUCGAAAAGUUUGUAGAAGAAGGGAAGAGAAGAAGGUUAACCGACUGUGAAUUAAUGAAAUACCAAAAGGACUAUGUUUUUGAUAGACUUUUAAGUCUAUCAAUGGACAAUUUAGUGUUGAAAUAUAAAGAAAACUGUUGUAAUAAAUUUUUGGAUAGUGUGAUAUUUUCUGAUGCUGACAUCAACAAUGUAGAAGAAGAAACAAGGGAGCAACAUAAAAGUAAGCUUUGGUAUGAAUUAAGGUAUGGCAGAGUGACCGCUUCAAGAGCAUAUGAAUUCAGUAGGUGUAAAACCAGUGACGGUACUCUGAUGGCAGUAAUAAUGGGUGGAAAAAUUCCAGACACAACAGCUAUGAAACGUGGUAGAAUUUUGGAGGAUGAAGUGAGGAAAACUGUAAGUGCCAACCUGGAAAAGAAAAUUAGAAAAACUGGUUAUUCUUAUCUAAAAAUUAUCCCAUGCUAGCGGGUUCACCUGAUGGGAUCUGUGAAAAUAGUAUAAUAGAAAUUAAGUGUCCUAUGAGUCAAAAAACAAUUAAAGCAUAUGUAAAGAAUGGGAAGCCAACCCAAAAGUUUUAUGUGCAAAUGCAACUUCAAAUGUUACUAACA